AUGUUGAAGAAAGGUAUCCCACGAAGGUACGUGACCUGGUUAAAGAUAUGUAUCGGGAUAUGUCAACAAUUGCGAGGACAUGUGAUAACUAGACCAAUUCAAGAUGAGGUUCCAUGGUGUAUGUUGUUUGCGGAUGAUAUCGUUUCGGUGGAUGAAACUAAAGAUGGGGUUAAUGCCAAGUUGGAGCAAUGGAGGCAAAGGUUGGAAUCUAGAGGGUUUAAGCUAAGUCGGAGUAAGACUGAAUAUUUGGUAUGUCGCUUUGGUACUCAAAGGGGGACAAGUGAUGAAAUGGUGAGUUUGGAUGGAAAGGAAUUGACCAUGAGUAAAUGUUUUAAGUAUCUUACGUCGAUCAUCCAGAAAAAUAAUGGUGACAUUGAUCAAGACGUGGCCCACAGGAUUAAGUCGGGGUGA